AUGGCCGCGUUGCGCGUGGCAAUGGGCAUACUGAUCAUGAACGACCUACGUGUGCGAUCACUAUACCUGCACGACCACUACACCGACCUCGGCGCAGUGCCCACCCAGGUAGUCAUUGACAACAGCGCGUUCCAAUGGUCGUUCUACUUCCUCAACUCAUCAUUCACUUACACGGCAUUCCUUUUCACAAUCAACCUGCUGUCGGCAUUCUCCAUGACGAUUGGAUAUCGCACGACACUGUCCACAUUCAUCACAUGGGCGAUGAUGCUGUCGAUACACGUUCGCAACCCAUUGGUCCUGAACGGUGGCGACGACUUCUUCCGCAUCAUCCUCUUCUGGAUGAUGUUCCUGCCGCUCGGCGCCAAGUUCUCGGUCGACUCGACCAUCAACGUCGAGCUGAUCAACAAGAAGGCCAACGUCAACAGUCCCAAGACGGUGGGCUACUCGCCCGUCAUCUCGACCAACCCCACGUUCCCAACGACCGACUCGCAGGGCAAGUACUUCCUGUCGUUUGGCACCAUCGCCAUCAUGGCGCAGUUCUGCUUCAUGUACCUGUUCACGGCCUACCUCAAGACGGGCAUCGAGUGGAACUCAGAAGUAUUCGGCCGUGUGGUACGCGCUCAACCUCGACCAGUUUGUCACGCGCACCGGCGUCCUGCUACGCCCCUACAUCAAGAUUGGACAGCUGCUCACAUUCCUCACAUGAAGAACAAGGAUACAUGGAUAGCGUACGAGAGCUCACACACGAUGGAGCGACUCUAUGGCUAUGAUGCAUUCGUCAAGUUGAUCAAACUAUCACCUAUACUACGUAUACUUGGACUAUUCAUUACACUUGGAGUGUUCAAACGAUUCUAUUUAUGGUUGGUCAAUCGUCCACUAUUCAUCAAUGGACAGAACUGGUCAUUCCUUACCAAGAUCUAUCCGACCAAGCCUGUACAAGUCUCAAGAGGAUAUGUCAAGGAGAUUUGUAUGUUCAUGCUAUUAAUCUUUGUACUUAACUGGAACUUUGCAACAGUAUGGCAUUACUCGGUACCAGAGUCGGUUCGUUGGCUUGGUCCUGUAUUCAAGAUUGAUCAGUAUUGGUCAAUGUUCAGUCCCUACCCAUCAAAGGACGAUGGCUGGUUGGUGAUGCCAGGCACACUGGUCAACGGAUCAGUGGUCGAUGUUUAUCGAGGCGGUGGCGAGGUCGACUAUGAGAAGCCAGAGAUGGUCUCCAAGAUAUUCCCAACACAACGAUGGCGCAAGUAUCUGAUGAACUUGGAGGGAUCGGGCAACAGAGACAAGCGACUACAUUAUGGAAGAUAUCUAUGUCGUGAGUGGAACUGGUAUGGAAGACACACUGAAGAGGGCACACAGCUAAAGUCAUUCAAGAUUAUAUACAUGUUGGAGAUGACGCCCAGCAUGCCCAAGGAUGGGGUGAUGCCCAUUGAUCCCAAGCCCAACCCUUUGGAACUCUGGUCUCAUCAAUGUUUC